GCUACUGAACAGUGCAACAACACAGUUUGGCACCUCAGUCUUCAUUGUUUUUAUGCUUAAAAGUUGACAGCUUGCUUUGCGUUUCUUUAUUAAAAUGGACAUUGCAUUUGAUAACCUGGAUGCAGCUGGUUUCCUGGAAAUCUGGCAACACUUCGAUGCAGAUGAUAAUGGCUAUAUUGAGGGCAAAGAGCUUGAUGACUUUUUCCGUCACAUGAUGAAGAGACUGGGUCCACAGGAGAAAGUGACUGAAGAACGAGUUCAGAGACUGAAGCAGAGGUUUAUGUCCGCCUAUGAUGUCACAGCUGACGGGAAACUACAGAUUCAGGAGCUGGCCCAUAUGAUCCUCCCUGAAGAUGAGAACUUCCUGUUAAUUUUCCGUAGAGAGGCUCCCCUGGACAACAGUGUUGACUUCAUGAAGAUAUGGAGGAAGUACGAUCUUGACUGCAGUGGCUACAUAUCAGCUCAGGAGCUCAAGGCUUUCCUGAAAGACCUGUUCCAGCAGGACCACAAGGAAGUGUCGUCUGACAAGCUGGAGGAGUACACCGACACAAUGAUGAAAAUCUUUGACAAAAACAAGGAUGGCCGUUUGGAUUUGAACGACCUUGCCAGGAUCUUGGCUUUAGAAGAGAAUUUCCUGCUCCAGUUCCAGAUGGAUGCCUGCAGUAAAGAGGAGAGGAAAAGAGACUUUGAGAAGAUCUUUGACCACUAUGAUGUUAGUAAGACAGGAGCGUUGGAGGGUCCUGAGGUGGACGGCUUUGUCAAAGACAUGAUGGGGCUGGUCAGGCCCAAUAUGACGGGUACUGAGCUGGACAAGCUGCGCGCCGUUCUACUGCGUCACUGUGACGUCAACAAAGACGGAAAGAUCCAGAAAAAUGAGCUUUCUCUGUGUCUGGGAGUCAAGCCUAAACCUUGAUUAAAGAUCUGUGUUAUUAUAAUGUAUUAUGUAACACUCACUCUGAAUUUGUUGUAUAGUCAAUAAUGGUAGAAUGCUGUUUUGAUGCAGAUCAGUCUGAGGUUAUUUAAGGUCACUAUUCAUAAAUUGUUAUUUGAUCCUGAAUAUGAUAGAAACGAUUAGACACUAUGUACUACGACUUCAAGCUGUGCAUGUUUUAGGGCCAAAAAAAUUAGAUGUUUUUUUGGCUAAAAUGGAUGUCUGGUGCUGUGAGAUUUGUCAGUCAGUAAACAUGUCAGUGUAGCUUUUGAAAACAGAAUGUUUUUCAUUGUAAUAUUGAAUUUUAUUCAUGGAGCCAGACUAUGUUGGUCAUUACUGACGUUUGGGCACUUGCAUGUUUCUCUGCCAAGUACAGGAUGUUGUUUACUGUCAUUUUAAAAUAAAGGGCCUAUGAGAAAAUAAAACAA